AUGGACGUGGGAAAGGAUGGAUCUCCUCUGAAGUUCCCCCAAACACCUGAACCUCAUCCACGGAGAGCCCAUGCUCCAGAUGUCAUUGGAACCUGGAGUUUGAGAAACAGAGAACAACUCAGGAAGAGAAAAGCUGAAGCCCAGGAGAAGCAGACGUCACAAUGGAACUUUGGAGAACAGAAAAAACGCAAGUGUCAAAGAACAGGAAAAGGAAACCCAAGAGGCCAGAAGAGACAGAGGAGCACAGAGGCGAGGGCACAGCCUCAGUCACAAACAGAGAAGCAAAGGAUGCAGAAAGCGUUGGAACCUGCUGAGGACGAAAUGGAGCACCCUGUAAGCCCUGUGACUGAAGCCCUCCCACUGGUGCUGUGUCCCCCAAAAGCUGUGCCUGCAGCAUACUUUUCUGAAACACACCAAGAAAGCAUUCAGUGCCAGGAUCUAGCAAUACAGAACCAUUCUCAAGCACACAGACACAGGGCCAAACCUGAAGACCUCUCUGCUAACACGUACCCAGAAAGAGCUGUACUUCAAUAUUCUUCUAAAAUGUGCCCAGAUGAACCCGAGGUGCUCUCUCCUGAAAUGUGCCAGGAAACAUCUGUUCCCCAAAACCAUUCUUCCAAAGUACCCCAAGAUAUGGCUGGGCCUGAGGUGCUCUCUCCUAAAAUGUGCCAGGAAACAUCUGUUCCCCAAAACCAUUCUUCCAAAGCACCCCAAGAUAUGGCUGGACCUGAGGUGCUUUCUCCUAAAAUGUUCCAGGAAACAGCUGUGCCCCAAAACCUUUCUUCCAAAGUACCUCAAGAUAUGGCUGGACCCGAGGUGCUCUCUCUUAAAAUGUGCCAAAUACCAGCUGUGCUUCGAGAGCAUACAUGGAAAAUGUGCCAAGAUGUGGCCAGACCUGCAGUCUCCUCGAAAACACAUCAAGAGAUGGCGGCUGUUCCCUGGACAACACUUGGAGAUGCUGUUGGCCCAGAGAGAAGCUCUCCUGAAGCACCCCUCCAGUCAGAUGUGCCUGAAGGCUGUCCACGUGAUACAUGCCCCAAAUCAGUCACCCCAGAGAAAACUUCCCAAGCAGAUCAGGCAAUGGUUGUGACCGAAGGCUGCUUCUCUAAAACACAAGAAUGCACUGUGUCUGAAGACAUUUCUUCAAAAACACACCAAGAAGCAGUUGAACCUGAAUUCAUUUUUCAUGAGACCUACAGACCCACUGAGCCUACAGUCUCCUCUCAUAAAACAAUUCAAGACUCACCUGGGCCUGAAGACCAUUCACCGGAAACAUGUCAACCAAUGUCUGGGCUUGAGUACUACUCCCCUGAAACCUGCCAUGAAAUGUCUGGGCCUGAAGACCUCUCCAUCAAGACCAGUGAGAACAGGGAUGGGCCCAAAGACCACCUUUCAGAACACACCCAGGAAGCAGGUGGGGCCCAAGGACAGGACCCUAAUGCCCAGCAGGACAGUGAGGGCGCUUGUGCUUUCUCUCAAGAAAUGAAGGAAAAAGACGAAGCAAAUCAAGAGCCAGGAACACCGUCAAGUCCACAGGGUCCUCAAGAGAUCUGUCCGGAAGACAACACCUAUAGCUAUGUUCUGUCUUAA